GUAUUUCCUCGGCACCCUGGUCUUCAGCCUGCCACCUCUCUCCGAGUGGCGCGUCGUGGUUGGGCUGAUGCUGGGGAUCAAGGCGCAGAUCCUAUUCAUGGCCCCUUUCACUGCGAUCUUCUCGAGGCUUAUCGGCCGCUGGAGGCUGACGAAUCAGCUGACCAUGUCGCUGUGCAUGGCUCCCGCUAUAGGCGGAGCAGUUGGCACGAUGCUGUCGCCCCCGUACCUCCGCGUGGCGGGCACCGGCGUGGCCGUGCUCUCGGCGGUGCCGGCCGGCGCCGCGCUGGCGGGCAUCGCCAGCGGCUGGCUGGAUGACGACAAGAUGCGCAGAGGCUCUGUCUGA